GGGUGGGGUGGAUGGGAAUGAGCGCAGGUGCAUGCACACGUGUGAAAUCUAGCACAGGACUACUUUCGCCACCUUCAUACUGGCACUUUGGUCCAAGCCUCCAUCAUUAGGCUCCUGCCUGGUAUCCUGCUUCCACCCUAUGGCUCAUUCACCACCGUGAAGUUAAGCUGUCCUCCCCGUGAUACGGCCCACCUCUCACAUCUCAUUGCCUGUACCUCAGCCCCUGCUCGCUCUACUCCACAGCAGCCACACUGGCCUUUUCAGGCUCUUUUUGCACUUCCCGUUCCCCCUGCUGGAAUAUUCUCUCCCUUCCUUGUGGCUUGCUUCCCCACCUCCUGCGAUCUCUACCAGAUUGCCAUCUGAUUCCUAAGACCUUUCUCAGCACGCCAUACCAAGGAACAACUUCUGUUGUGCUCCAACACCUUACCCUGCUUCAUUGUUCUUCAUAACAUUUAUCAAUACAUAUUUGUUUGUUUACUGUUUGUCCCCCUCCACUAGAAUGUAAACUUCCUGAAAGCAGGGACUUUGUUGCUUUUCUUUCUGGCCAUGUUUUUGGUGUUCAGUGCUCUAAGUAGGUACUCAAUAAAUAUCUGAAGGAAGGAAUGGACUUCGGAUAUCAUGUGACUGAUCUUCCUCAUUUGACCAAGGAGGGGCCUGAAGCCCUACUGAACAAGCUUCCAUGCCUUGCCCAGGGUCACACAGCUGGGGCAGCAGGGCUAGAUCCUGCUCUGGUCAUUCUGCUUCAGCCUGUGCCUUGGAAGGAAGAUUAACCACACACACAGGGGCUGUGGCCUCGUCCAUCCUGUCUCCUGUGUGUUUUUCCAGUUUAUGCAGAAUUUCAGCCCAGAAUAGCAGAAGAAAAAAAUAGUUGUUCCUCCAGAACCCUGGAAACUCUUCCGGUGGGUCUGUCCCUGGAAAAACAGCAGCAAUCUCAGGGUGGGAAGAUGCAGCUUUUGGAUAAGUUUCCCAUUGAAGGUGGCCAGAAGGACCCCAAGCAGAGAAUCAUCCCCUUCCUUCCAGGCAAAAUCCUCUUCCGGAGAAGCCACAUCCGGGACGUAGCUGUGAAGAGGCUGAAGCCCAUCGACGAGUACUGCCGGGCACUUGUCCGACUGCCUCCCCACAUUUCACAGUGUGAUGAAGUCUUUCGGUUCUUUGAGGCCCGACCAGAGGAUGUCAACCCCCCAAAAGAGGACUAUGGCAGUUCCAAGAGGAAAUCAGUGUGGCUCUCCAGCUGGGCUGAGUCUCCCAAGAAGGACGUGACAGGUGCCGACACCAACGCCGAGCCCAUGAUCCUGGAACAGUACGUGGUGGUGUCCAACUAUAAGAAGCAGGAGAACUCGGAGCUGAGCCUGCAGGCCGGGGAGGUGGUGGAUGUCAUCGAGAAGAACGAGAGCGGCUGGUGGUUUGUGAGCACCUCUGAGGAGCAGGGCUGGGUCCCUGCCACCUACCUGGAGGCCCAGAAUGGUACUCGGGAUGACUCAGACAUCAACACCUCCAAGACUGGGGAAGUGUCCAAGAGACGCAAGGCCCAUCUGCGGCGUCUGGAUCGCCGGUGGACCCUGGGCGGGAUGGUCAACAGGCAGCACAGCCGAGAGGAGAAGUACGUCACUGUACAGCCUUACACCAGCCAGAGCAAGGACGAGAUUGGCUUUGAGAAGGGCGUCACUGUGGAAGUGAUCCGGAAGAACUUGGAGGGCUGGUGGUACAUCAGGUACCUGGGCAAAGAGGGCUGGGCGCCAGCAUCCUACCUGAAGAAAGCCAAGGACGACCUGCCAGCACGCAAGAAGAAUCUGGCAGGCCCAGUGGAGAUCAUCGGGAACAUCAUGGAGAUCAGCAACCUGCUGAACAAGAAGGCGUCGGGGGAUAAGGAGACUCCACCGGCCGAAGGAGAGGGCCCUGAGGUCCCCAUCGCCAAGAAGGAGAUCAGCCUGCCCAUCCUGUGCAAUGCCUCCAAUGGCAGCGCUCUGGGCGUCCCUGAGAGGAGUGUCUCCAAGCUGGCCCAGGGCUCGCCAGCCGUGGCCAGGAUUGCCCCUCAGAGGGCCCAGAUCAGCUCCCCAAACCUAAGGACAAGGCCUCCACCUCGCAGAGAAUCCAGCCUGGGGUUCCAGCUGCCGAAGCCACCAGAGCCCCCUUCUGUUGAGGUGGAGUAUUACACCAUUGCUGAAUUCCAGUCCUGCAUCUCUGACGGCAUCAGCUUUCGGGGUGGACAGAAGGCAGAGGUCAUCGAUAAGAACUCGGGUGGCUGGUGGUACGUCCAGAUCGGUGAGAAGGAGGGCUGGGCCCCCGCGUCGUACAUCGAUAAGCGCAAGAAGCCCAACCUCAGCCGCCGCACGAGCACACUGACCCGGCCCAAGGUACCACCCCCCGCCCCCCCCAGCAAGCCCAAGGAGGCCGAGGAGGGUCCAGUGGGCUCUGGGGAGAGCCAGGACUCCCCGCUGAAGCUCAAGUAUGAGGAGCCUGAAUAUGACAUCCCUGCCUUCGGCUUCGACUCAGAGCCAGAGCUGAGCGAGGAACCCACGGAGGACAGCGGCUCGGGGGAGCGGCGGCCCGCCCAGCCCCGUAGGCCCUCACCGGCCUCCUCACUGCAGCGGGCCCGCUUCAGGGUGGGCGGCUCUUCAGAGGACGUGGCCCUGGAGGAGGAGACCAUCUAUGAGAACGAGGGCUUCCAGCCGUGUGUCGAGGAUGCCCUGUCAGCCAGACGCUCCUCCCGGGACAGUGACUCCCCGGGGGGCUCCCCUCUGUCCCUUGCUAGAAAAAACUCCCCCAAAUCAGAUUCCCCCAAAUCGUCAUCGCUCCUAAAGCUCAAGGCAGAGAAGAACGCCCAGGCAGAACUGGGGAAAAACCACUCCUCUGCCUCCUUUUCUUCAUCCAUCACCAUCAACACCACAUGCUCUUCCUCCUCUUCCUCCUCCUCCCUGUCCAAGAACAGUGGUGACCUGAAGCCCCGUUCUGCCUCGGACGCAGGCAUCCGUGGCACGCCCACGGUUGGGGCGAAGAGGGACGCCGACCUAAAGGCUGGGCUGACCUCGUGCACCCGGGCUAAGCCGUCGGUCCGGCCCAAGCCGUUCCUGAGCCGAGCAGAGUCCCAGAGUCAAGAGAAGAUGGACAUCAGCACUUUACGGCGCCAGCUGAGACCCACAGGCCAGCUCCGGGGCGGUCUCAAGGGCUCAAAGAGCGAGGAUUCAGAGCUUCCCCCUCAGACGGCCUUUGAAAGUCCCAGUGAGGGGUCCAGGAGAGGCUCCACUGACCUCAUUACCCCCCCAGCCGCCACACCCCCGUGUCCCACCAAGAAGGGACGAGAAGGGCAGGCCGCCUCCUACACGACAUGUAGUGCCUACCAGAAGGUCCAGGACUCAGAGAUCAGCUUCCCCGCAGGCGUGGAGGUACAGGUGCUCGAGAAGCUGGAAAGCGGCUGGUGGUACGUGAGGUUUGGGGAGCUAGAGGGCUGGGCCCCUUCCCACUAUCUGGUGCUCGGCGAGAACGAGCAAUCCGACUCCUCUGGCAAAGAGCCAGACACAGUGAGCGCCCAAAGCAAGCAGAACGAGGGCAAGUCAGACAGCCUGGAGAAGAUCGAGAAGCGGGUCCAAGCACUGAACACCGUCAACCAGAACAAGAGGGCCACGCCGCCCAUCCCCUCCAAGCCUCCGGGGGGCUUCGGCAAGACCUCGGCCGCCGGGGCAGUGAAGAUGAGGAACGGGGUGCGGCAGGUGGCAGUGAGGCCUCAGUCGGUGUUUGUGUCCCCGCCACCCAAGGACAACAACCUGUCCUGCGCCCUGCGUAGGAACGAGUCGCUUACUGCCACCGACGGCCUCCGGGGUGUCCGCCGGAACUCCUCCUUCAGCACCGCCCGCUCGGCUGCCGCAGACGCCAAGGGCCGCCUGGCCGAACGGGCCGCCAGCCAGGGCUCAGACGCGCCUCUGCUGCCCGCCCAGCGCAACGGCAUUCCCGUGUCCCCCGUGCGCCCCAAGCCCAUUGAGAAGUCCCAGUUCAUCCACAACAACCUCAAAGACGUCUAUGUCUCCAUCGCGGACUAUGAGGGGGAUGAGGAGACAGCAGGCUUCCAGGAGGGUGUGUCCAUGGAGGUCCUGGAGAGGAACCCCAACGGCUGGUGGUACUGCCAGAUCCUGGAUGGCGCAAAGCCCUUCAAAGGCUGGGUGCCCUCCAACUACCUGGAGAAAAAGAACUAACAUGGGGCGUGGGUCCUUCCAGCCUGGUGCGGGUGAGCAGUGAGAUGAAGACAAAGGGGAAAGGGAAAAUGGGAGGGGUGGGGGGGGACAACGUUAAACCCUGCAGAAUGCGUGACCUCAGAGAUGCUCCCCGCCAGGCUGUCCCCCAGCUGGCAGGUAAGGUCCGGCGGGGGCCCACGUUGAGCAGGGAACAGGCAGGGGAGCGGCGGGCCUGGGACCAGAGGCAAGAAAGCUGAGCCCUACGUGGGCACCUUGGUGAUUUGGCUGACGGACCUGGCACCAUUUGGGACAGGCCACGAGGGAAAUUCCAAUUGUGCCUUGGCUGCAAAUCCGGAAAAGAUGUGGUCGCAGGGACCUCCUGUGCCCUGCCCCUGCCCAGCUUGGUUUCUGCCGCUGGCACCUUGCCAUCGGAGGCGGUCCUUGUGUUUGCCAAUUGUGCCGGUCUCCCGGGGAUUGCCGCCACCUGCCACGGGCGCGUGUCCUAGAAGACCCCACUGGCUCUGGGGCUUGGAGGCAUCUCUUGGGAGCCCAGCCUGUCCCUGGGCCAGGCCACCGUCAAUGUCUGUUCAUUGAAGAAAAAGCAGUUCCCCGGUUGCCAGCAAGGACCACCUUUCUUACCUGUCGCUGUUCCCUGGCCUUGAGAAGAGUCCGCCCUGCCCUGGGUGCCCCACGGAGGACCGCCAACCCCAGAGUUUACAGAGAGGGUGGGUGCAGCCGUCAGUCUCUUCACCAUCUGCACAGACUUUAUUUUGGGUAUUGCUGGGUGGGCAGCUCUUUUGCAUGUUUUGGGAGAGGUUUAUUGAUUUGGGGCUUCAAUGUCAGGCCUUGGGUUUUGGUCUUAUUUUAGGGGUUGUUUGGGGGCCCAAGAGCAGUCGGCCUCACAGGGGACAGAAUGAGUAGCAGAUGGGGCUUUUCUGUCGUAACUUUUGCGGGGAGGUUGGCGGUUUUGGGCUUUCACUUCCUUUCCCUUCACAAGCCAAAGUCCUUUCGUUUGGUUUCCACUGUUGUGGACGGCACCCUAGUGUGGCGCCUGCCGGAGGGCCCAGGGGCUGAAGCCCCAGUCCCAGACACGGCAAAGCAGAGACGUCUCAGUGGGGCAGGACCCUCCCCAGGAGGGAGGAGCAGGUUGUCCAGGAGAAAAGGCAGCUCUCAGGCUGCCGGGUGGCCACCAUUCUGCACGUGUUCUCCCGUCUGGGCAGGACCAGAACCCUUACGUGUGAACUGUGGAGAAGCACCCAUCGUCCCCGCUGAGGGCUGAGGGGACCCCGGAUGGGCAGCCACCACC